AUGCCUGAACAAAGACAGCGCAGGGAUGAGCCGGAGUCUAGCUCCGGCUUCAAGGGGGCCCUUCAGGGUCUGGCUUUCUUCUUACUGACACAGUUUAUCUUCAGUCAAUUUUUUGGUGGACGCCAGCAGAACGAUGCUGGUUCUAGCGGGAAGCCUGGUGGGAUUCCUACCUUCGCAGAUCGUCCAGCUCGUAGCGAAAUCACGGAGUACAGUGCUAUCCCCGAUAUUAUAAAUCCGAUAUGGCCUUCCGACAGUGCCUUGGACAUGAACAUCUAUGUCUCGCCAUCAGUCGUACUUCCUACUGUUAAGUCUGGCUCGGCAAGCCAACUCGUGCUUAAUGAGAAGAACUUUACUCUUGGAAACUACAGUGAUACCAGGGAAAUCGACACUACCAUCAAGAUCCCCAAAGAAGUACAACAAAAUGGAACUCUUUUCGCGCACUUCAUGCUCGGACUCUCUGGGCAUCAGCUUGAUCCCUCGGCUAAAGAUUACAGCACAGAUUCUGCAGUCUAUUUCUUUCGGCCGCUUAACCAAUAUCUCCCGAAGAAGAAAGCCAAGAAGCUCAAAAACCUUCUCGCAGGCUCGGAAGAAGCUGAAGAAGAGGAGGAAGAUAACACACCGGACGUCUCUAUCGCAUCGUACUAUCACCCGAACUUCACGGUAUCUCUGAUUCCUGAUUCGGGUACCCAGAGAUUCCGUCAGAUUCAUCCAGCUGUCCGGUCGCAUUUGCAGCUCGAGGCAUCUGGCGCAAGAGACAUCUCUGGAAAGAAUGGAUGGUACUACCCUAUUGUUUACUUGAAUACUUUUUGGCAACUUAGGAGUCAUAUGAUGGAACUCAAUUCUACCGUGGAGACCGUGCCUCUUCGCAUUACUCUCAACAAUCUGCAGAACUGGAAGUUCAGCAUGAUGUCGAGCGUUGAUGACAGCGCAAAACAAACUGCUCGACAGGCUGCCUUUGGAGCUUCGACGCCAGGCGGUGGUGACGGUACUGAGUUUGAAAUGGUGAAAGAGAUCCUCUUGGAUACGAACAUCUGGCUGCUGGGCACAACUGGUAUUGUGACUAUCCUUCACAUGGUCUUCGAGACUCUGGCCUUCAAGAAUGAUAUUGCUCACUGGCGCAAAAAGAAAGACGUCGUUGGAACAUCCGUUCGUACGAUCUUGGCCAAUGUCUUUAUGCAGGCAGUUGUUUUCCUCUACCUCAUGGAUAAUAGUGAUAACACUUCCUGGAUGAUCCUCGCCAGUCAAGGUUUCGGCAUCCUCCUCGAAGCUUGGAAAAUCACAAAGACUGUCGAUGUUCGCCUGCGGCAGCCGUCGCGGAACUCUUUCUUCUCCUUCCUGCCUUAUGUGGUGGUGUUUGAGGACAAACAUAAGCUCACAGAGACCGAGCAGAAGACCAAAGAAUACGAUGAAAUCGCGUUCCGCUAUCUCUAUAUUGUUGCCGUGCCUCUCCUGGCUGCAUACGCAGUGUACAGCUUAGUCUACAACACCCACAAGUCGUGGUAUUCCUAUAUCAUUGAAACACUUGUUGGUAGUGUCUAUGCCUACGGUUUCCUGAUGAUGGUCCCCAGCUUGUAUAUCAAUUACCGCUUGAAGUCUGUUGCGCAUAUGCCUGGCAAAGCCUUGAUGUACAAAUUCUUAAACACCUUCAUCGAUGAUCUUUUCGCUUUCACAGUCAAGAUGCCGUGGCUUCACAGGCUUGCGACUCUCCGUGAUGAUGUCAUUUUCUUCGUUUGGCUUUACCAAAGCUGGAAGUACCGGGUUGAUUAUACACGUGUCAACGAGUUCGGUCAGGGAGGUGAUAGUGAUGCUGAGGAAGAGCCACCAGCCGUUGAAGCUAAGGAUGUCAAAAAGACAGUUGAAACACCGGCGUCAUCCCAGGCGUCCGGAAAGGAAACUUCUAAGUCAUCUACCCGGAAGAGGAAGUAA